CGCCGCCAGGGGUCGCCGCAGGCUGGCUGGCGCUCGGCUCGCGGCCCAGGAGUACUGGCACCCGCAAGCGGCCGAGGCCGGCCUGGUGGCCAUGGACCGGUUCUUGUGGACCAGCGGCCUUCUGGAGAUCAACGAGACCCUUGUGAUACAGCAGCGCGGGGUGCGCAUCUACGACGGCGAGGAGAAGAUAAAGUUUGAUGCUGGAACCCUCCUUCUCAGUACACACCGGCUGAUUUGGAGAGAUCAGAAAAAUCAUGAAUGCUGCAUGGCUAUUCCUCUUUCUCAAAUUGUGUUCAUUGAGGAACAGGCGGCUGGAAUUGGGAAAAGUGCCAAAAUUGUGGUUCAUCUUCACCCAUCUCCCCCUAACAAAGAGCCUGGUCCAUUCCAGAGUAGCAAGAAUUCCUACAUCAAACUCUCCUUCAAAGAGCAUGGGCAGAUUGAAUUUUACAGGCGUUUAUCGGAAGAAAUGACACAGAGAAGAUGGGAGAACAUGCCAGUUUCCCAGUCAUUACAAACAAAUAGAGGACCCCAGCCAGGAAGAGUAAGAGCUGUGGGAAUUGUAGGUAUUGAAAGGAAACUGGAAGAAAAAAGAAAAGAAACUGACAAAAAUAUUUCUGAGGCCUUUGAAGACCUCAGCAAGCUCAUGAUCAAGGCUAAGGAAAUGGUGGAGUUAUCAAAGUCAAUUGCUAAUAAAAUUAAAGACAAACAAGGUGACAUCACAGAAGAUGAGACCAUCAGGUUUAAAUCCUACUUGCUGAGCAUGGGAAUAGCUAACCCAGUUACCAGGGAAACCUACGGCUCAGGCACACAGUACCACAUGCAGCUGGCCAAACAGCUGGUUGGAAUAUUGCAGGUGCCUUUAGAGGAGCGAGGGGGAAUAAUGUCCCUUACAGAGGUGUACUGUUUAGUAAACCGCGCUCGAGGAAUGGAAUUGCUCUCACCAGAAGAUUUAGUGAAUGCAUGCAAGAUGCUGGAUGCACUCAAAUUACCUCUCAGGCUCCGAGUCUUUGACAGUGGCGUCAUGGUGAUUGAACUUCAGUCCCACAGGGAAGAGGAAAUGGUAGCCUCGGCCCUAGAGACGGUUUCAGAAAAGGGAUCCUUAACAUCUGAAGAGUUUGCUAAGCUUGUGGGAAUGUCUGUCCUUCUUGCCAAAGAAAGGUUACUUCUUGCAGAGAAGAUGGGCCAUCUUUGCCGAGACGACUCAGUGGAAGGCUUGCGGUUUUAUCCAAAUUUAUUUCUGACACAGAGCUAAGAGUUUUGUAUUUGGAAUACUUUUUAUCCAUAUACUGAUAUCAUGUAGAGGUUGUAUGACAUUCAGCUGAGAGAUAAACCCUGAAAAACUGAGAAAUAAUUGGACUUUUGCUCUUUUGAUUUCUUCCUAAAUAUUAUGAUCCAGGAAGCUUAUUUAGGAUAAAUACAGGAAAAUACAGAAAACGAAUGCUGGUGUGAAUUUAAAAUCAUGUUGUGUAAAACCCAUAUAUAACUUGUAUUAUGGUGGGUUUUAACUCAGUCCUCAAAUCUAACUAUUUUCAAAAAAGGGAAUUAGUUCAUGUGGGAAGAAAAAGAAGCUGCAUGUUUGGACAGAUUAGAUGACUAUUUUGGUGUGACUAAAAUUGCGUGAAUUGUAAAUGA